GAACCUAGUUGAUCAAUUGAAGGUGAACUGCUAAACUUAAAUACAGCGUUUUACGAACAAGUUAGCUGUUGCGUGUUUUUCUUCAAUUCCACCAAUCACAGGCCUCCAUUCUUGAUGCCUGAGGAUCCACAGCAGGUGAAAUCAGUUUAUUGCAUAUACCCGGCAUUCCUCCUUGACGGGGCUUGAUUACACCAUCACCACCUUGUCACCACCUCCGUGGCCGUAACCAUUAUUCGUUCUCUCCUCUCCCCACAAGCAAAAACGCGGCAAUUUCUACCGAGCGGCUCGUGAUGGCAUACCAAGAUGUAGACCCCGAGCUGCUCCUCCUACGCCGCCAGUACCUGCAGCUCUUCGAGCCCGACUUCCUCGCUUGGCCGCCGCCCCGGUUGCUCAAGAGCGCCGACGCCCAGACGUGGUUGCAUAAGCAUCUGUUCGACGCCGGCCGCAACCCAAGGCUGCCGCCCGAGCAGUACCAGCUGCGCGUGCUGACGCGGCUCGUCGCCAAAAUCGAGAAGACGACCGAGGACCCCCCCGAAGCCAAGAUCUCGCAAGGGCUUGUCGCAGCCUUCGCGUCGCUCGCAGGGAGGGUCAAACACGUGGAGUUUGAGCCGACCCCUGGGCCGGCCUACGUAACGUUCACCUGCAUCCCGGAGGCGCGGAACGACGGGGAAGACGGGGACGUAGAACCGACGGUGACGCUGCUGGAGCGGCGGCACAUGGUGUCGGGGUCGCGUACGACCGGGUUCCGGACCUGGGAGGGCUCGCUGCACCUCGGCGCGUACCUGCUUUCGGCGGCGGGCGCGCGCCUCAUCCGCGCCAAGAACGUGCUCGAACUCGGUGCUGGCACUGGGUUCCUCAGCGCCCUGCUGGCUGGCCGCCUGUGCGCGAGCUACGUCGCCGCCACCGACGGCGACGAGGCUGUCGUCGCGGCCCUGAGGCAGAAUCUCGCUCUCAACGGCCUCGACGACGCGCGGAAGGCGAGGGCCGAGACCCUGAGAUGGGGUGACGGACUCGAGGGGACCUGGGUCGAGGGGGAUUGUAAGGCCCGGCCGUACGAUGUUGUAAUUGGUGCCGAUAUCACUUACGACAAAGUCGCCAUAGUAGCACUCGUGUCGACGCUUCGGAGCCUCUUUGACCUAAGAGCAGAGCUAGUAGUUAUCAUCGCAGGAGUCGUCAGAAAUGCCGAGACCUUCCAGACCUUCAGAGACGAGUGUGCCUGCCAUUGCUUCCUAGUGGCGGACGUCGAUUUCGAGCCCAAGCCGAUGCGCCAGCAAAAAGCGCUCUUUUACGCUGCUGCAGUGCCUAUCAAGAUACUGCGUAUCACCCGGCCGGUCUAGACCCGGCAUCCCCAAGACCAGACUUGGACACUGUGUGGAAGUUGAGAGAAGUUGCGACGACCUCUGUAUUUUACCAACGGGCCAUGGACAGUCGAUCAUCUACAUGCUCAUCACUUCCGCUAAUAGCCCGGCACCAUUGCUUAAGAAGGAUAUGC